AUGGGGAGAUAUAUGCUGUCCCUGACAGGCAAUGUCCUGUUGGGUCCCCAGUUAUCUCAAACCCAGCACAGCCCGACAGAGAAAGUCCAAAAGGAUAUUGAUCAGGUGAUGCAGCUCACACUGGCUACCAACCCUUGAUGAUCCCUUUAUGAUCAUACCAAAAUGCCAUACACUGAUGCAGUCAUUCAUGAGAUUCAGAGAUUUUCAGAUCUUUCCCUAAUGGGCCUGCCAGGCAGAGUCACCAAAGACACAUUGUUCAGAGGGUACCUGCCCCCCAAGAACACUGGGGUGUACCCCAUCCUGAAUUCAGUUCUCCAUGACCCACAGUACUUUGAACAACCACACACCUUCAAUCCCAAGCACUUUCUGGAUGCCAAUGAGGCAAUGAAAAAAAGUAAAGCUUUCUGUCCUCUGCCCACAGGAAAGCAUGUUUGUCCUUACAAAGGUAUUGCCUGCAAUCAAUUGUUCCUUUUCUUCACCUUUAUCCUGCAAUCAAUUUCUGUGUCCAGCACUGUGACUCCUAAAGACACCGACAUCCCCCCCCCCAAGGAAACUGGUAUUGGAAAAAUACCCCCAGUGUACCAGAUCUGCUUCUUAGCCCACUAA